CGCGAUAUCGUUGCAUGAUAAAGAGGUUCCAUUAGCAGCGUGAUAACAAAGUCGAGCACCAUGGCUUCUGUUUUGACAAAUUCUCCUCAGAAAAUCUGCCCCAAUGCAAUCAUCCGAUCACCUGUUAGGCCACUGCAACUACCUCGGAGUCCUGUGAGCCCCGGUUUGGCUGAAUUCUACCCGUGGAAAUGGUCAGAGAGCGCUCGGAACGUUCAACUGAGUCCGGGCAGUUCCUGUGGGUCACCAGGAUCGGAGCGCGGCUUCACUCCCCGCCAAAGCAGCGGACCCAUCCCAAGCCCAAGAGGCCGACCGCGCGCAGAGGUCAUUCCGGAACUACAGAAAGAAGGCUCGACAUCUGGGCAUGGGAUCAGAUGUAAGAUAUGCCAGAGGGUGUUUCCUCGAGAAAAGUCACUGCAAGCUCACAUCAGGACACACACGGGAGAACGACCAUUUAAGUGUGAUUACCCAAACUGCAGCCGAGCCUUUGUACAGAGUGGUCAGCUCAAGACACACCAGCGUUUGCAUACUGGGGAAAAACCGUUCUACUGCCCUGCUAAAGGUUGCAGGAGCCGCUUUACACACGCCAACAGGCACUGCCCAGAUCAUCCUUAUCUCACGCUCCAACGAGAAUCGACCGAAACUCUGCUGGAGGAGAUCUUGAGCAAUGAUGAAAACAGCGAAGACGUGAACAGGUGGCUACAAAGGUACGUGGAAAACUACCGAGAGAGGCUUGAGACCAAGACGCAAGAGCAGGCCAAGAGGAAGCGCGAGCAAGAGCUGCUGGCCGAGAACGGGAGCACCCCGAAGCGCCCUCGUGCCUCAGCCCGCCGGCGGCUACAGGAGCAGCGAGAGAAGAUGCUGGGAGCGAUGGCGCUGAUGGAACUGGCCCAGAAACUACCAGCGGAUUCUCCCAGAUAGCCAUCUUGUUCUAUGACAUUUUGUACAUAAUUUGGAUGUAUGUUUUUUUUUUCUCAGAGAAUCAUGGCUUUAAGCAAAUAAAGAGAACCAAUAUGUGGUUUCAUCAGCGUAAAUUGAACGAUUGUAGCAUUCAUCAAGAUGGCAAGUUGGCUUUGUAGGAUUUUUUUCUGGAAAGACCGUUAUUUCAUUGGUGAGGAAAUGUAUAUGACAUCUCCGGAAGAGUUUGAAAAGAUUAACAGCUGAUUUGCUAUUCUUUACAAAUUGUUUAUACUGUAUAUAUAUAAACUGGCUACUGCUAGCCUGUAUCUAGUUGUCUGAAAUGCAUUGAAGAGUAAAAGACUGCUUAUAUAUAAAACAACUUCAGUCAUUUUUAUCCCCUUUGUACAUUUUAUGUGUAUUAUAUAAAUAGACGGUUGAGAAUUUUAUUUCUCAAGUGUGCUUGUUUAGACUUUACAAAAAUUAAUUAUGUUGCAUUUACUUUUUUUUUUCAUAACAGCCAAAUGUAAAUAAAUGACCUAAGUUAGAAUUUUUAAUUCUUACAUUGGCUAAAUUUGGUUUGGUUUUUAGACAGGACGAUAAAAUUUACUGCACUAAAGUUGCUUUUCAACAUAACAAGGAAUUUCAACCACCAGGAUAAAAGAAUGGCCUGGAACAGGUCGGUUUUAGUUACUUAAAUUCCAAAACAUUGAAAGUGCGACAAUCACUGCUAUUAAAUAAACAGAUGGUUAAGGAUGGAUGUAAAAUGUAAGGCCUCCAUACGAAUGCUUUUACAUAUACAGAUGUGUUGGAGAGGUGUUUUGAUUAUUUAUUGUUAAUUUUUCUUUCUGUAGCUGUUGAAUUAUCUGAAAGCAUCUUUUGUUUUAAUACAAUUUAAAGCAAUUCUUUGCCAAGAGAAAUGAACAGAAUUUGAUUGGUGUUUUUCAAAUCACUGAAAGCCUCUGUGCAAAGAUAGGAGAUGGAACAUUGAGAUGGAACAUUUGUACCCAGACAGUGACUUCUGUAGGAGGUUGCAUGCAAUCUGCUCAUGCUGGUUGGUGCUUAUGCAGUGCAGGGCAAAGUGUGUGUGUGUGUGACUAACGAGAGACUUUGAGACCCUGGUGGCAGCAGACAUGCAGGCCCUUUUUCACAGUAUUGCCUGUGCUCAGAAUUGCUGCAAAGGACCAGUGUGUUUGCCGCUACCAAGCAUCUCAAAGUUUCCCAUUUUCAUUAGUUUGCAUAACCCUUACAUAGGCUCAUACUGUACCAGCCCUCUCUCUCUAAGGGGUACUUGUCCCCAAACCAGAUACUAAUUUCUGCGGCUUCUUGAAGUCCACAGUAAAGCAGUGGAAUCUUCUUGGUCUGUAUGCUGGACACUAAAUGUACAUCACACGCAUUGAACGAGGACGCACCCCUUUACAGGUUUCAAUAUUUUAAUUUACUUAAAACAAUGAACGAACAACUUUAAUAAACAAACUGUAGAAACUCUCAUGAGGGUUGUUUAUCUGCACACACACCUGGUCAGAAAUAAUAUUUACUUUACCCUCCUAAGCCCAUCAUUAUGAGCAGAAUUUUUAAAGUAAAUUGAGUACAUGUACUUUGAGUACCUUUGGUUACAAAAACAAUACCCUUUCAAAUUGUAAACCAUUUUUCAGUGUAAAAAAAUUUCAUUUGGUGUGAUUUUCGAUUCUACCAACUAAAAUCUGAAACUGGAUAAUCAGACGUGUAUGAAAUUAAAGUACACAGAGAUAAAAACUUUUAUGCUUCGUCUCUUUUCUGCCAAACAGCACAAGUUUGCUUUGUAUAUCGGCUGAAAUGGAAUGAAAAAAACCAACAAUCUUCAAGUUGAAAAUCAGUUCCCCCAAAAAGGGUUGGGAAAAAAUGGACAUUUUAACUAAAGGGUUUAAAAAUGAGGGAAAGAAAUCUGUUAAACUUGCGAAAAUAAGUUGGUUUAUUUUUUUAAAAAUCACAUUACUUUUUCCCUUAUUUUGGCAUUAUUGACUUAUUAAGUAUGGCUCAUAAAAAUGAGCUGAUCUACCUUGGUCACACCUGAUGGUCAGAGCAGACUGUCAUUAAAGCUUGGAGAUAUCCUAAUAGUUCUGAAACAAAUGCACCAAUUAAAAAUCGAGCAAUCUCAACGAACCACUGAUUAAAAAAAACACUUAUCUCAAAUCAUCAAACACUGAUGUUUCUGCAACAGGCUGAAGGCACCCUUCAGAGCAAAAUGUAAACCUUUUCUAGAAAAAAAAGGGUUGUAGGCAACCCUCCCAAAAAUGGGUACAUGUAUUCUAAAAUAGAAGUUUUAAUAACCUCACUCCCCUCUGCUUCUGAAGUCAGUAUUUUUGUAUCUUGGGAGUGCAAUCGUCAAGCCAACACUUGAAAAGCAAGUACAAGAUUGCAGAAAAUGUAAAUACAGUCUGAUUUUUACAGAACUGCAGGGAAUAGGCAUACCAAUUCCAUUUUUCCCCAUGGUAUAAAAGAAACAUUUUGUGCGUUUUCACUGUUAAACUAUUUCAAACCAAGAAAUUCUAAGGGUACAUUACACGGAGCUAAGCACAGAAAACACAUAUUCUCAACCUCAAAACUUACCAGCUAAUACACCAUGCAUAGUAUAUUUCAUGCGAUUGGUUCACUGUUGAUAAUUGCUUAGAACGUAAACGUGCUAAACAACAUCUUUUUCUGCCUAGCUGAACCUGGAACCCCCUCCCUGGUUCCUAUGUGGUUUGGGGGAAAUCUUGCUAACUCUGCCUCCGAGUCACCAAUUACAAAUGGACGUGUGGGGUGCAAGUUUUUAUAAUCAACAUAUUGCAUAGACUAGUCCAAUCAAAUAGAAGUAUUUUUGCUACAUUUACUGGUUUUUUUUUUUAGCUCAUAUAUCAGAUAUUUUGUUUGGUUUAUAAAACGUUCACUCCAUCUUCUUUAACAACAUAAACAUUUCUAUAUUUGUGAAUAAAAACAAAUACCACAACAAUUAUGUACAAACACCUCGAAUCCUGCAAGCGGGCGGGCACAUCAACACCAUCCAUAUAUAUUUACUGGUAUCUUUUUUCUUUUUUAAAUAAACUUUUAAAAUAUCAACAGUGAAGAAUAUCUACAAGUACAUAUAUAAAUCAACAUUUCUUUGUGAAUAAACGCCUGCUUUUAUCUACAUUAUCGUACACAAAUGUUCCACCUCCAAGCGCAAGGAGGCAAGAUACUCUAAUCAACUCAAAUGCCAACUUUGAAAAUAACCUUAUCUAUUUAUCAUACAAGAAUCUUCCAGAAAACAAGUUCAAACUCCUUCCGUCGAGUCUCAUUCCAAACCAGGUGCAUACAAUAGGGAAAGGUUAUGCACGCAUCACUCUCCCAGGGAAAUCAACUGCAAAAAAAAAAAA